UUUUUCCGCGUAAGAUGGCGGAAGUCGAAUUUUAUGAUUAAAGAAGCGUAUAUUCUGCAUUUCUCUAUUAAACAAUAGUGUUGGUAGUUUGGCAUGGUCAAGUAUUUCAGCGAAAUGAGUAUUUGCUGGUAUCCACAAGAGUUUUUACAGUGUCAUUCCAGAAUAUGAUGAUGAAGUAAGAAACCGGUGCAACAGUUAGCGAGAGAUCAGAAUCAAGCGUGACAGAUGGAAUACUUGAUUGCCAGGAUUGUUAAGUUGCAGAUGAGAUGAAUAAAGCCGGAUUUUUGGAAGUGUGAGCAUUUUAUUACUAGUGGAAACGUUUAAUGUCACAUUUCGCAAAGUGUGACAUACGAGUGUGAAAAUGGCCGACCCAACCACGGAGAAGCUGCAGAGUAUGAAUAUUCAAGAAUUUGAGGGAAGUGAAUUUGAUCCACUGUCAUCAGUGAAAUCAAUGGAGACAGAUCAUCAAAAUGGCCUGGAUUUAAUGGACUGCGGUAUGAAUGGACAGACUGACAAACAAGUGUCAUUUGAUCAAGGUUUGCCUGACCCUGGUUUCAUGCCAGAGAGUGAAGGUCAGUUUAUGAACCAAGGUCAAGGUCAGGCUAGGAAUUUAUACAGUAGGAAUAUGAGUGAUGGCGAGAUACUUGGAUAUCAGAAUGAAUACGGAGAAUCCUCCAUAACUGGACAGCAUGAAUACUAUGGCGAUGAGGAGAAUAAUCUCGUUGACUUUGGAGAUGGGGCAAAUGCUGAAAUUGGAGGUCAAGGUCAUUUCCAACAAACUUCUCAAAAUGUGCCACAAAUUGAUGUUGAUGAUCAGUCUAGCUCAAACUAUAAUGAUGAAUAUAUAGAAAAUGAUUAUGUUCCAAGUGAUGAAUAUAGUGAUAAUGUUGGAGGUCAAGGUGAUACAGCUGAAGAGACAUUCGAUAGUGCAGGGGCCUAUGGAUCUGAUGAACCUGUGCCUGAAAACUGGCACCCAGAUAUGAGCCCAGAUCGUCGGAGAAGGUCAAGGUCCCCUGAUAGAUCUGUGUCGCCCAGGGUAGAUUCUGACAAUAAAAUACAGCUGAUGUCUCCAGAGCGAAGGAGAAGGUCAGUGUCACCAGAAAGAUCAGUAUCCCCUCCGAGGAUAGAGCCAGACAACCAGGGGGACCAGGAUACAGAUUUGAUCAGCUCUCCUUCAGAAUAUUCCCAGGCAGAUCAGGCAGAGGGAUACCAAAUAGAGGACUUGAGGUCCCAAAGCUCACAACCGGGGUGGUCAGAAACAGAAUCACUAGAUUCUAGAUCAGAGACUGAGGGGGGUACACCUCGUAGAUCAAAAAUGCCAAAACCAAAAAUGAAAAGGCCCUUGGAGUUACCUCCCUGGAAUGAUAAUGUGGUAAUUCCUCCACUUCCGCGGGCCAAACCGACCAUGAUUGGUAAACAGGCUGAUAUUCCACCACCAUCUCCACAAAAAUUAAGACCUAAAACAGCACCUGCGCGCACUUCACAUAGAGAUGCGUCCUCCGACAGCGGCGUAGAGGACGACAAGGCUGGAAAAUCACCUGUAAAGAGCUCAGGGAUACCGAGGAAGUAUGGAGUGGACUCAAACAACAUGCAGUACAAGCCGGGCGGAGGCAAUGUGCAGGUGUUCUCCCAGAAGGUUGUUAAUACCAAGGAGAUUAAACCGCGCACCGAUACCACUCGUCCUCGGUCAGCUAUGAGUCCCAGGCCAACACGUAAAGAGUCACCUUUAUCCCCUAAACCAUCCCCCAACACAAAAUUUGUGCAAUCCAAGAUUGGCUCCUUAGCUAAUACCAAACAUGUUCCGGGUGGUGGCAAUGUUAAAGUAUUAGAUGCAAAGGUUGACUUUACGAACGUUAGCAGCAAAGUUGGCUCCAAGGAUAAAAUCCACCACAAGCCUGCAGGAGGAGACAAGAAGAUAGAAUCUCAGAAGUUGGCAUGGAAGACUGAGUCGCGUGUCGGCAGCAUGAAGAACGCCAGUCACUCACCAGGAGGUGGAAAUGUUAAAAUUUUGGACCAGAAGGUUGAGGUCAAGGCCCAGGCAAAGGUCGGGUCGACAGCGAACCUGAAACACAAACCAGGAGGCGGAGAUAAAAAGAUUGAGACACAAAAGCUCGAGUUCAAGGAAUCAGCAAAACCAAAGGUCGGGUCGAUGGACAAGGUCAAACACAAGCCCGGGGGAGGGGAUGUGAGGGUACUGCAUGCCCCAAUGAGGUGUCAUGCCCUCGCUAGGGUUCGGUCCCUGCAGAACAUUCACCACCAACCUGCGGGAGGUAAUGUCCAAAUUUUAGAUGAGAAGGUUGACUUCACAGAGAAAGCGAAACCCAAGGUCGGCUCCAUGGACAAGGUCAAACACACCCCUGGGGGCGGGGACAAAAAGAUAGAAACACAGAAGUUAAAGUUCAAGGAAAGCGCACGAGCCCGUACGGACACUGGAGCCAAUUCUGGGGAGAAACAGAGGUCACGUAGCUCGACGCACUCGCGCUCCGAGAGUGUGACUUCCUCUCAGGACGGAAGCCAGUCUGCAGGGAUAGAUGACAGCCAAUGACACAGCCAUGCAUAGUCACAUGUAACCCCAGUCACAUUCACCAAAAAGGGUCGCCCGCCCACCUACUCAACAUCUCCAUCAAGGGUUUCCUCAUCCGCCUAAUUUUCCGACUUUAGGGCCCAUAUUUUACUUACGAGUUUAGUUAGAGUAUGAGACUCAACUUAAGUAAAUCUUUUUUUUUUUAAAAGAUAAAAAUUAAAAAAGAAAUAAUUCUUUUGAAUAAAAAAUAGUCAAAAAUUUGCACUGUAACAAAUACAGCAAUUUUCACCAUAUGCAUAGCGCUUUUUAAUUUCGAAUCCAAGACUCAGACUUGGGACGUAAGUGAAAAUGGGCCAGAUUGGAUAACCAUUACCUAUCAUCAUUCUGCCAGUCCAUAUGGUCACUCUCAUGGGCUCUACUUGGACAUUUGCUACCCCAGCCAUUAGAUGUCACCCUCGUCAUUAUUGUAGGCAUUGAUGUCAGCUUAGUUUUUGGCAUAAUUGUACUUUUCAUUUCAUUUUUGAAGCCAUCUUUGUCAACGUCUGCAUAUAUAAGGUCUCAAUUCAUGCCUAUGUAUUAGGUCUCACAUUUUAAAAAGUGAACUGUUUGUUAAGUUUCAUCACAAUUUAAUCAUUUUUUCAAGACCGUCAUAAAUUGUAUACCAUCUUUUAAUUUCACAAGAAUUAAAGUCAAUGUUAGCUUGAGGUCUUUAAAGUAUUAUAAAAAAAAGAUAUUCCUUGGACAAACAUUGAUAACAUCGGAUGUAAUAUUCCCCCAGUUUAUUGUUAGUGUAUUUCAUAAGCAUACAUCUUUGUUACAUUUUAUUAACACACAGUUUUAUGUAUUACAGACAAAAUAAUUAUACAUGUACAUUUUUCAUGUCACAUUAUAGUACAUGAAGUUAGGGAAUCACAAUCUUAUUUAUUUACUUUUAUACUCACCCAUUUAUGAUUAUUUUUGACCUCAGUAGAAUUUGCCAUAUAACAUGCUUGUCAUCGCUUUGUUUUAUGGACAUUUAGAUGAUAUUAAUGUCUCAGUGAUCAAAAGGCUACAAAUCUAGCACAUCUUUUAGUUACAACAGGGCCCUUAAUCUACUCUUUUUGCCCGAAUAUGGGAUGCAGUCUACCAACCAUCCCACCACCCUCUUUAAAAUUUAUACAAUGAGUCAUAAAUAGAUGUAUGUGUCAUAAUUUGGAAUUAUUUUGAUCAAUAGUGAACCAGUAAAAUUAUGGGUAUUGUAGUCAAAAAUACUUAUUUUCAAAUCCCCCAAUUUAUUUGAAAUAACUCUGUCAAAGGGAUGCAACCCCUAUCCCCUAUUAUAUUGAGGGUCCUGAAAACUAUAAGUUGAUUGCUGUUAUAAUUUCACCAUUACAUUCAAGUUUAUUUAUAUUCCAAGGGUGUUCAUAUAUAUAUAUAUAUAUAUAUAUAUAUAUAUAUAUAUAUAAUUUGACAGUUGAAUAAUUAACAAAAUGUAAAAAUAGAGUACCCAACUUUUGGCUUAUUUCAAAUGAUAUUUUCAAAAUGAUAAUUAAAGAUUAUAAAUGAUACCUAUAUUUAGCCACAGAGCUAGUCUGAAGUGUUUCGACAAAAAUCUGAACCCUCUAAAGGUUUCUAUUUUAAAUCGUUUUAUUAUACCUAAAUUAUGAGAGAAUUACCCUAAUAAAUAAUUUACAUUUUUGCAAGACUCUUUAAUGGCUUUCUAUAUCAAUUGUACAGAGUCAGUGUUGUACAUGUUAUUACGACUAUGUAUACUUAGUGAUGUUUUGGUAACAGCUCUCGUAGGAAGGUCAAUAUGCCCUGUUAGUUGUCUUCUAUAAUAUAGUAUACAUGAGAAACAUGCUUCAUCAACAUAUCUAGAAAUUAGUGUCGUUUAAAAAGUUGCUAAAAUUAUUGUUGCAAAAUAUCGCUGUCAGUCUUUAGAAAAUAUUCGUCAGAACAUGCCAUAUACCUUAAGUAUUUAACUUCUCUGAAGUUGCAUUGUCAAAUACAUAUACCUUGUGUAGAUAAAUUGUAGUUGUAUCAGGUGACAUUUUACACCAAUCAAAGUUCAUGCUUUAGUAGUAGUUUAAGUGUUAUAAUAUCCCUGCAGACUGUGCUUAUGGCCCCGUUGUUUUUCUAUUUAUAUACACAAAAAUAAGCAUAAGUUGUAUGAUUGAAUGCACAAUGUAUGAUUGUAAACAUGUUGCUGUUAACAUGAUUAUGUUACCAUGGUCAUGCUCAUGUUGUUGUAAUCAUGUGUAUGUUGCCAUAUCUCCAUUCAUUUUGUUUGCAAGGGGAAGUUAUCCUAAAGUUAUUUUACAAGAAGCGUGAAAAAUUAUCUGUUCAUGAUAAAAUAUUUCUUUUUAUAUACAAUCAACAGACUUUUGAUGAUAACAUGUGGUUCACCUCAAAUAUUGAAGAUAUCAAAGCAAUACAGAUAAACAGGGGGGGCUUCCCUGACUUUCCCAUAGCAUGUGACUUUUUCAGAAUUAUGCCAUGUUGAAAAGUUUAUAUUUCACACGCUGUAUUCAAUAUCACACUUAACUUGUCCCUAGACAGGCCUCAGUGAUUCCAUUCACUCCAUUGGCCAGUUAUUUUUACAGUCCAAUCAAAACACUUGGAUUCCAAUCUUAAAUCUAAGCUUAAUUUAAGUUGGUUUCUCAUCUUAAAUUAAGUUAGAUCUAAGUUUGUUUUUGAUAAAGCUCUUGGAUAAAAAAAAAAAUAAUUGAUAAGAUUUUGCAAGCACAGAUACUUUAUUCCGCUAGUAUGUGUUACGAUGUAUGAAUGGGUGGUUUCUUGAAUGAUAGCUGUGUUAUGGUUGCGUAAAUGAUACAUUGACACUGGUUUAAUAUAUUUCUAUGAUUACCAUUGCUAUCAUAUUGUCAGCGCAUUCAGAGUCAAUGUUGUGAUGUUGCUAUUUCAAUAAUAUUUGUUCGGAAUUUUUUUUUUACCAUAUUUAAUUAUACAAACAUGUAGAGUUUUAAAUGUUGAUUAUCACAAAAGGGUUGAAUGCAAACUGUUUCAAGUAUUGAUAUAAAUUUGAUUAUUAAAUUUAUUGUUUUUCACUUUCACAGGUUUUUGAUUUUUUGUAUGCUAAAUGAGUGACUUGUUUAAAACAACCAAAAAAAGAAUAAAAGAAACAUGAUUUUGUGGUGUACUAUAGCAAGUUGUCUGAUGAAAUUAUCUACUUGAAAAAUAAUUUUAAAUUUAAAACUACCAAUAAUCAUUGAUCAAGCUCUUGAUAGAAAUCAUGUUCAUGAAUGGAAAUGUGUUUGUAAGACAAUUUCAACUGGGCUUUUUAAAUAACCUGUUAAGAUUGUUUCUGUUUAUUAUUGCCUGGAUUUAUUUUUAUUUUGAUUGUUUAGGGUUUGUUUCAGUCGAUUUAGUUGUACAGCUGUACUGUGUAGCUAAUUUUAUUAAUCAUUCUCAUAUGCCGGCAUAACGAUUUUCUUAUACAAAUUUGUACUUGGAAUUUUACAUUUGUUCAAGAUGUUGUUUUUUGUAUUAUUAUUUUGUGUCACCAUUAUCAUCAUUUUAGAGAUUUUACAUACAAUGUAGCGUGACUUGCCAUUGUUCAUGUGUACUUAUUUAUUUUAUGAAUCUAGCAGGUAUACAUAUGAUUUGUUUUAUACUUGUAAUUACUUUACAUUGAAAUGGAUAACUCUUGUUUAACAGAUUUUUUUUAACUUUCAUAGUUUUAAGGUUGUAAACUUUUUUAAGUUUUACAAUUUAAGGACACAAGUUUGAUUUCAUAAAAUGUUUAGAUAUAAGUACAAAACAUUAAUUGGGUUAAUUUAAAGGGGCUCGUUCACAGGUUAAAUGUUGGCGACAGUCUUUUUCAACUAAGUUAUAAUUGAUUUAUUUUACUUUCUUUUAUUAACAACCAUCAAACACCAACUAGCAGAUAAACAUUUUAGCAGAGUUUUAUAAAUCCGAACUUUAAACCAUUCGAUUUUCAAUAAUUACUUACCAAAAUUUAGUUUUUUGGCAAAAUAGAGCACUUUAUUCGACACACAUUGUUCAAUAUUGGUUAACAAUUGAGCUCUUGUUUGAACUGGUGAUGAUGUUUUUUCACUGUAACAAGAAUUUUAUUUACAUUUCACACGAAUAAAUGUUUCCCAUGUCUAACCCUAUAAAUGUGAACGGGUCCUUUUAAAAAGAUUGUAUUCUUUCCGUUAAAUGUUAUAAUCUUAUAGCCUAUGAAUGAAGUUUAAUGUCUACAAAAAUGAGUAUUUUUUUUUUUUUUUUUUAUUUGUUAAAACUGUUCUUUGUUUAGAAAUAUUUGCAAUAUUUUUAAGGAUUUUUGGAUGCAUGCAUUCUAAUUAAACAUUUCUGUAGUUGAACUCAAUGGUAGUUAUUGUGAGCUAUUUUAUAACACAUUACCCAUGCUUGGAGGAUACUUUGGAGAUAAGUGGUCAGCCUAUGAAGAUAUUGUUUCUGUAAUUUCAAAGAUAUUGUACGCCUAUCUAUAGUUAUCUUUAAAUUACAUCUAGCUUGUAUCUUAAUGCUGAUCUGUACUCAAUAAAAUCUAAAAAAAAUCGA